AUGGUUUUCCCCGGACGGUUCAGCACCGGCUGCAGGCGUUGUCGCCAGCGCAAAGUCAAGUGCGACGAAAGCAAACCAGCAUGCCGGCGCUGUUACAUCUACGGGAAGCCCUGUCCGGGUUAUACUGAUCAGUUCCACUUUCGCUUCGACAAGUCUGCUUCAAAACAAGAGCGCGCCUCGCCGGCACAGCAUUGUAGCAAAGAGGUGCGCGUGUCAUGUCAGCCUCAGCCUCAAUCAGCGCAGACCAGCGGCGAUCAAGCCAUGUUGGCUCCAUCACGGCCUGCUGCUAUCAUACCCCACCCAGAGCUUUCUUAUGAGGACUUGUCGCUUUGCUACUUCGUACGACGUUUUGUGACGCCCGAUGAGGCCGACAACUUUCCGGGUCACCUUAGCUUCCUACCCGCCCUCUACAAUCCUCACGGCCAUGGCGUUCUUGAGGCCGCGACCUUGAGUGUCGCUCAGAUGGCUGCUUAUAAUCAGUUUGGUGGCGACAAAUUUCGUCUGCAGUCGUACCAGAACUACGGUCGGGCAGUCCGAGCCCUGCGCAACACAAUUCAAAACGAGGAGGAGGUGACCAGUGACAAAGUGAUCGCUGCAGAUAUCAGUGGAGAAGGCUGGGGUAAUCCUAGCGAACAUGCAGCAGGUCUUUACUGCCUUUUGGAAAAAAGGGGCGUUGAGCAGCUAUGCACAAGCAGAGGGUUUGAGCUAUUCCUGCUGGCGUUGCUGAGACUGCAAGUACACUCCUUCUUGAACGAAGAUGAUAGUUACAGUGAUCCUGGAGGGAUGGUCGCCCUGCUCGGUCUUUUUGACCCGUUGAUGCGCGCCAUGUCUUUAAUGACGAAAGUUCUCUGGCUUCGACACAACCUAUCCAAAAGUCCCACCAGUCCGGAUGCAUCAUGCGAGCCGAGCGAACAUCCAUUCCAGUCUGUACAUGAGGUUGGAUUUGAGGCACUGAACGCAUCGAUCUUGCAAGCUUGCUUUGAAGCCCUUGAUGAGUUUGACACAUGGGACUUUGAUGCCGAAUCAUACUGGAAGCUUACCUUUGAAGGACGAAGUGUACCAGCAGCGCUAGGCGAAGUUGCCACGAAAGCAAAUUACUAUGAUCCCGAAACGGCUUGCACUAUCAUAUUGGUUCGAUCCGCACGUCUUGUGUUACUAUUGAGCAUAUUGGAAUUCCAUGAUAGGACGCAAGUCUUGAGCAACAACGACGGGUCCGGAACUGGUUGCAUCAUCGUUCUGGAACAGAGCAUACGUCUCACUAUUGCCGACAUGCUAUGGUGCGUACCGUUCGCAAUGGGUGACCUUGAUCCAAAUGGACAAUCUGUCACCAUGCCCCACGAUGGGGCUGCAGCAUUGACCAUCCUUCAACCUUUGAAGUUGGUGACAUAUUGCCCUUACGCGACACAUGAGCAAAGAAAGAGUGUUCAAGGUAUCCUGGACCGGAUGAAUCUGGCCAUUGGGGUCAGGUCAGCAGUCUCAUGGGAGGAGCGAGCAGGCUUAAAGACGACAUUCCCAGGGACUCAGGGGUUGAUUCGUGCGAUGACUUCGUUAGCAUCUAGUGCAAGUUCUCAAGCAGCGGAACGGGCAUGA